AUGCCACGAAUCAAGACCAUAGACGAGUUUUUGGAACUCUCGAUAGAUUUGCUUUCCAAUUUUCCAUCAACAACAUUCUCAAUCACCUAUUCAAAUGUUUCAAAAAAAGACAAGACACAGAAGGAGUUGAAGCUGAACACUGCUAUUGAUUCUACUGUUGAUUCUCAAGACAAAAUAUCCAAAAAACAACACACACCAGCAACACAUGCUGUGACUGUGAAACUAUUUGAACCACAUACGGGUAAAUGCUUGAAAUACAAGACCAUAAAGCAAAAAGAGCUAAGUCGUAUCUUGAAUAUGUUAGGCCCACAAGGUAUAAGCAACAAAGUUGGACUAGCAAGUCUAAUGACAAACACAAAGUUUGAGCCACCGGUUAUUGCAGCUGCUGUCGAAGACAAAGCUGAUGAAAAUCUUGCUAAUACAACCAGUAAAGAAGGAACGCCGCUAGUUAAUACGGAUGAAAAUACAUCUGGUAAAAAGAAGAGCAAAAAGAAAAAGAAAAAGAAUUGA